UCCGGACUAUGCCGUUCACGCGCCUCAGAGUGCAUCAUCCACUGGCAGAGGAACAUCUGUGCUGGGAGCCCAUAUCAGUGACCGUCCAGCUCUAAAAUUCAUCUCAAGAUGCCAAACCUGCUUUUGGUUUUCUAUUUACUUCAAGGACUUGAUAACUUUAUCAGCGCGCAACACUCCGCGCGCUGGAGGAACCGGAUCCAAUGGGUGAAUAACGGCCAGGUGUUCAGUUUAAUGAGUACCGGCUCGGAGUACCAAGCACCGGUGGCGUCCAGAAGACAGUCCAGGACAGACAGGACCGCGCAAAUUCGAAUGGACGCGUCCGAUCCUGCGAGCACUAAUAGCGGCAGCACCGCGCUCUUGGGUCAGGACCGCAUGCAAUACAUCGCGGCCAACAGCCGCGCGCCUGGCGCCAGACAAAUGCAGGUGCGUCAGCGGCUCAGAGCGCCUCCAGGAACCAGAUCCACCGCCUCCGCUCCGUCUGAAUACUCCGGCGGCGGAAUAACCCCGGCACACGGGUAUAAUAGCGCACGGAGGACUCCAGCGGUUACCAAUCUCCAACACCUGGAAGCACCCAGAGAGAAUUCAAACACUUUAUCUAACGGAAGCUAUAAUGAAGCGGGGAUCCCCAGAGCGCAAACUCCAAAUGUGGAGCAGGGAACCACGUCUGAAAGUAUGGCAGGAGAUGAUCCGCGAAGAAGGAAUACAGUUUUCUAUAACAUCUACCCGCCUGGAGGCAGGACGGUCAUCCCGCGCCGCCCGCCGCCUGGCACCGGUUACGGCACCAGAUACUUCCAAAACGGUCUUCCUGAUCUCGUGCCAGAUCCAUAUUCCAUCCAGGGAGGUUCAUACAUCCAGCGCGUCCAGAUGUACGCGCUCCGGUGCGCGGCGGAGGAGAACUGCCUGGCGCGAUCUGCAUACAGACCCACAGUCAGAGACAUCGACUACAGGGUUCUGCUGCGCUUCCCACAGAAGGUCAGAAACAUGGGAACGACUGACUUCCUGCCCGUCAAACCCAGACAUCAGUGGGAGUGGCACAGCUGUCAUCAGCACUAUCACAGCAUGGAUGCGUUCAGUCACUAUGAUCUGCUGGACAUCAACACCGGACUGAAGGUCGCUGAGGGUCACAAGGCCAGUUUCUGUCUGGAAGAUACGGGCUGUGAUCCUGGAUUUCACCGCAGAUACGCCUGCACCGCACACACACAGGGUUUGAGUCCAGGCUGCCACGACACAUACGCUGCCAACAUCGACUGCCAGUGGAUCGACAUCACAGACGUCCCUCCUGGAAACUACAUUCUCAAGGUCACAGUCAAUCCUGACUUCCUGGUGCCCGAGUCUGACUUCUCCAACAACGUUGUGCGAUGUGAGGUCAUUUACACCGGCGUUUACAUCCAAACCAGAAACUGCGUCUUAACUGGAAUGUAAAGCCCUUGGGUCGGAGGUGAUUUUUAAAGGCCUAUAUAAUAGGUUUAAUUAUAGGAAUUUAAUUCAAAGCUUUUUUUAGUAACUUGAAACACUCUGUAUAGUUGUUGGAGUAAUAUUUAUGACUAAUGUACUGUAUCUAUUUUAGAUGAGUUUGAUUUCUUGCCCUAGUGCAAGCAAUUUUAAGUCAAAUCAACAUGUUUUUGUGGUGUUUGCAUUAUAAUAGAAUGUAAUUUUACAUUUAUUUUAAAUGAAGAACUAUUAAUGAAUAGAUCAGUAUUUUAGUGUUUGUAUUUAUUGCAUAGGUUAUGAAAAAUAUAAACAUAUUUUAAACUAAGAUAAUAUUGAGGGAUUAUUUUAGCUUUUUGUUAGAUGGUGGUGGAGUGGUUUACUCCAGCGCAGAUCACUAGUGUAAAAUAUACACUAUUAAAGAGGUUGUUUCGGUUGAUGUUUCUGUCUUUAACAUCUUGAAAUGUUUGUUGCGAGCUUCCCUUGUCUUUGCCUUGAUUAUAAUACUCCUUCCAUGAAUGCUGGACUUGGAUGGAUGAGGUGUAAAUGCAGAGAAUGUAAUAGAGAAAAUGGAUUGGGGUUGUUUUUUCUAAACUCUUUCUUCAUUGAAUCACGAGUUCAUUAAAUACAGAAUGCGUUCAAAUGAGCUCUCUGUUGAGAUGUUUAAAAAAGAAAGACGUGUAGAUGUGGGACGAAACAUUCCCAAGCACCAAAGGAAUGAGAGUUGAGAUCAAAUCGAGCCAAAGAUAUCAGAGUCUGAGACGUUUUACUGCCUCCUUCGGUAUUUACUGCACAGGAGAGGAAAAGUUUAACUGGGUCGAACCGUCUGGAUGAAAAUCCUCACACUCGAUAUCUGUCUGAUCAUGACUUCUGACUUCUAGAUUGUAUUUAAUAUUUUAUAAUGAGCAAAAACUAUUUCUUUUUUCAAGCUUUACAAACUCUGAGAUUGAAACGGAGAAAACUGCAGACAUAAAUAGGAUAAACUUUCCCUUUUCUGAGUAUUUAUAUGCAGUUCACCUAAUAUUUAACUUCCUCUAAAGACAAACAGUCGGUGCAUG